AUGACCUCACAAAGGUCCAGCCCCUCCCCCUUGGAUCCACCAACUCGUAGUCCCGCCCCCGGUGACCUCCACCUGGUGACGCCCAGAGCCACACCCCCUGGUGACCUCACAGUGACCCCCGGCCCCCACGGGGCCUGGUGCCCCCUCGGCCGGCCGGCCGCCCCCGGGUUUUCCUGGCGGCGGGGAGGGGGGAGGGAGGCGGGGGCCUGGAUGUUCGGGCAGACGGCGGUCCUGCUGUCGGUGGCUCUGUUCGCCCUGAUCGGCAGCUUACCCCGGCUCCUGGAGAAGGAGGUCUCCGAGUCCGAGUGUCCGGAGCCCGGCUUAGGCCCGGGGCCCUGCACCGUCCCUUUCCUGUCCCAGAACCCGCUCACCCUGCACUGCCCGGGGGCCCUGCAGCACGGGGACGACACGGUGUACUGGCAGUACCUGAACCUGAGCGCGGGCCCGGGCCCGGGGCUGGGGCUGGGGCUGGGCCAGGGGCCGGGCCCGGGGCCUGGGCGACACAGGAGGAGGCCUGGGGCUGGGGCUGGGCCUGGGCCUGGGCCUGGGGCUGGGCCUGGGCCGGGGCCGCGGGGAGCCGCAGGGCACACGGAGCUGGGGGAGCCCCGCACCUUCAUUGGUCCCCGGGGGGCUCGGGCUCGGCGGGGCCCUCUGUCAGAGCUGAGCAGCCGGGCUGUCCUGAGGGCUGGGGCCCUGCUGGUCGCUCAGGCCCGGCCUGGGGACUCGGGCCUUUAUGUGUGCAAGGCCGGAGCCACGAGGCUGGCCCAGUACCGGGUGGACGUGCAGGACGCCGAGCGGCUCCAUGUGUCUCACCGGGGCUUGGGCCAGGCCCCUCUCCGUAACCAGAGCGUCAGGCUGCAGCUGGAGGCCGGCCGAGGCCGCGGGGCUGGAGGCUGCCGCCUCAGGCUGUACACCCGCUGGGGACCCUGGCAGGAGUGUGACCGCUGUGGGGCCCCGGGGGAGAGGAAGAGGCUGGGUUUCUGCUGGGCCUCCCUGCAGGAGGAUGAGGAUGAGGAGGACGACAGGGACGAGGGGGAGGGUAGGGCUGAGGAGGAGCCCUGUGGCCUCAUGCAGCUCCGCCUGGGCCAGGUCCUGCCGCGCCGAGGCCCCGAGAUCCGCUACGAGAUCUGUCGGAGGGAGUGUGGCUCCUCCGGGGCUGAGGAGCUGGCUGCCCAGGCCCGGGAGCUGCUGGGCUCGGGGUACUUCCUGAAGCGGGACCAGGGCCUAGGUCUGGGUCAGGCCGGCAGAGGGGAUCUCCGGGUCCCGCCAACGUGGCUGCAGCCUCGCUCCCUGCUGCUGGAGACGCUGCUGCUGGAUGUAUACGAGGAGGUGAGGCUGCAGUGCCCAGGUGCCUCAGUCUACACGCCGGUAUCCUGGCAGCGGGACUCAGUACUGCUCACCCGCCUCGAGUUGCUCCGCUCAUCGUGCAACAGGAGCCAUCAGCUGGACCGGGAGACGGGCGGUGGUGUCUACACUAUCGCCGGAGUGCGGCGCUCCGACCAAGGGGUGUACCGGUGCUGGGUGAGAGGCCGCCGGGCUGCUGCCUUCCACCUCGAGCUGCCUGAGCCACCGUCGUCCUUCCACGAUGGCACCGGCAGCCGGCAACACCGGCUGCAGUCACGCCGCCUUCUUGGGGUCCUGCGGGCUGUCAUUGGCUCCUUUGCACUGGUAUUUGUGCUCAGCGCUCUGGCUGAGCUGCUGCAUUCGUGCUGGUGCGAGGUGCUGUGAGGACCCCCCAGGAGAUGGGAAGGGACAGGGGAACACACACUCCCCACCUCCUUGUCAUCUCACCACCCCUUCCACCUCCUCCCUCACCCCUGCAACACACCUUGACCAACCGAAUGACUGAAGAUAACACCCACUGAGCUGCACUGGAGAUAUCGAAUGGCACUGGGCAUGCUGCUGUUGAAAUGCACUGAAAAUACUGCUGCUGAAGUAUAUACCAGACAUCAAAUUGCGCUGGGCGUACUGCCACUGAAAUGCAUUGGAUGUGCUGCGAUCAAACUGCACUGGAGACAUGAAAUUGCACUGGACAUAUGCCACAAAAAUGGGUCGGAAAUGCUGCUGUCAGGCUGCAUUGGAGCUACUGACACUGAAAUGAACUUGAGACACGAGACCACUUCAAGAUGCCAGGCUGCAUUGGAAAUACUGCCAGUGAAGUGCAAUUAAGACAUGAAGCUGCACUGGACAUGCUGCCAUUGAAGUGCAUUGGAGACACCACGUGCAUUGGAGAUAGGAUGCAUUGCAGAUGCUGCCAUGAAAUGUAUUAGAGAGAGAGAGAGAGAGAGAACUGUAUUGUCCCCAAAUGGUGAUGGUGCUGUUGCUAUUGGAAUGUAUUCAUGACACUAAACUGCAUUGGAGAUACUAACACCUAAAUGCCUCCAAGAAAUGGGCUGUGUUAGAGAGAUCACCAUUUGAAAUACAUUGGAGCCACCUAUCUGUGCUGUGGAAGUAUUAGCAAUGAGCUGCAUUGGGGACAGGAAGGUGUAUUUAAGACACUGAAAAGCUGAGAAAUAUUUGGUUUUGAGCUGCAUUGAAGGCACUGAUCUACCUGGGAGAUACUGGUACUGAGCGGCAUUGAAGAUCGUGGCAUCGAGCUGCACUGAAGGCUGAACUGUAUUGGAGAUGCUUGGACUUAGCUGCACUGACACCAGAUAGAAUAAGCUGCAUUUGGGGGACCCAGCUGCAUCAGAGCCAUUGACAUUGAGUAAGACUGAGCUUUAUUGGGAGCAACCCUGGUUCACUUGCGUUAGAGGGAUGGUGAUUGAUGUACAUGGAAGAAUUUGAACUGUAUUGGAGAGGCACUGAGAUCACACUCCAUUAUAAACAUUGAUCUGGGAGACAGCGGGACUGACUAUAGUGGGAAGAUUCGGAACAAGCUCAGUUUGAGCUACCAGACUUGAACUGUAUUGUAUUAACUGGUUUCUACUGUGUGAUAUUGUUUGGUGCAGGUAGGAGUUUUUUCAGUCUGUAUUCUCUUUGAGAUCUUUACCAAACCACCUUGGAGUGAUUGAAUUGGAAUUGUCAGACCUGGUCUAACUGCCAACUGAUGCAGCAGGAGUGUGCUACCACAGUCACCUUGGGCCGGCUACAUGAAUGACAGCAGUGAUAUCCGAGUUACUUUGGUGAGCGAGAGAUGGAAAUAUGUUUGAGGUCCCUGGAUGUGCUCUACUGGGAGACUGAGUUGGAAUGAAUUUUUUCUUGAACAAUCAGGUAGAGCUUCACUGAUUUUUAUAUAAAAUAAAACAGGACCUGGCAGGGGAUCUCCACCAGCUAACUGGAUGGAGAGCCAUUACCAGCCUGUGGUAACUUUAUAAAAUUAAAAUAUCUAGUCCAUAUA